AUGGCUUGUUUACUCGCGGUUUCGCAGAUUCAGGACUCUAUUGACACCAGACAGGUCCACCCUUUGCGCAUACAGAAGGGCACUCCUUCACCGACCAAACUUCCUCGACCUCUGUCUGAAUUGGCUCCUACUGAGCAAAGAAGGAACUCACCAAGCUUCACUCAACCAACCAAGAACACGCAGAAGAUGGCGCUCAAUGCGGACUCGUCUCCAUUCCAGUCGUCCCCUUUCAAUGCCUCCGAGGGCAACUCUUCCCCGCGACUCUUCUGGCAAGGUCGUGAUCCAGCGACACCAAAACGGUUUAAUUCGGAGAAUAAUGGUGUAUUUGUUGGAAGAGAGACAUCCCCUUCACCUACUCGACGCUCCUCGAUCGAACGUCUGCAGCGCGCAUCGCGUGUCAAGAAUAGCAACAUGUUCGCGCGCGAACAAAAACAAGAAUACGAUCCUACUUCGCUUCCAUUCAUUGAACGCCCUCUGGCAAAGCAAUUACAAGGAAAUUCAUAUGGAGGGUCGGGUUUGGAGGGACUGCGUUCAGCGGAGCGUCAACGGCCGUUUGGUCUUCAAAGAAAUGAUAGCAUAACAGGGUCCCCAUUGUACAGUCCUACCAAAACCCCGCUCAAAAGUGGCGGAAACCAUAAUCGAUCUCCAAGCAAGGAUCAAAUCUCACCUACAAAAUCAUCGCUAGCUACUGGUCGUUUCAACGGCAAGUCCAGCUUUGACUCGGAGAAUGGCCAGUUCUCAGAGGAUAAUUCCGGUGAUGAGAGAUCUCUUCCGCCAGGACGUGCUCUUCACAGGCAUGCUAAGAGCGUGACGUUCGAUGCUGCUCCACCGCAAGUCAAUGAGUACGAGAUGGCAACCCCAGAUCUCUCAUCGAUUGGCACAGGGUCGCGCGAGAACAGUUACGACUCCGGUGAAGAUGAAGAUGAAGACAGCUACAUUAUUCACGGUGAUUCUAUGGAGCAGGAUGAUAGCUUUGAUGCAUCGCUUGAGGAUACAGACAAAACCCCAGUCGUUGGGCCGGAUGAUUGGAGACAUGCUAGCCCUGAUGUUCAUCGCAAUAGCAUGAUGUCGGGGCAAUUUGAGGAUCCGUUUGAAGGUCCUGAAGGGAGCCCAAUGCCUGAAGCCCGUCCAACUUCCUCUGGACGCCAAGCAGCCAUUCGUAACGACUCGCUAAAUUCAAAUGGUGAUCACAGACCUCUGCCACCACUUCCUGGCAUGAGCCAACAUGUACGAAGUGGUUCAGCUUCAUCCAUCGGACUAUCCGCAGCAGCUGAACGUGCCACCCAGCGAAAUCUACCAUCUCCACCUGCAGCCUCUCCUGUCAGCAAGUCAGAUAUACAAGGGAUGUCGGGUGGAAAAUUGACCUUGGAAGAGCGGUUGCAAUUGAUGAUGAUCUCAGACGAGGAUAAACCCAAAACGAUGGCUGAACAGCAGCGAGAGCGUCGAAUGCGACGUGCUGGUGCUGGCGCUCGUGAGCGACAACAGAGUCAUACGCCAGACCGUGAACAGUCCAUAACGGUACAUGAAGAUGAGGACACUCUCGAUGAUCUUCCUGAUCUCGGAACCUACCAGCUACCCCCGCGCAUCUCACGAGAAUCCAUCAUGCGAAAAGUUAAUGGACAAGAGACAUCUUCGCGGGAGUCUGACUACAACUUCUCCUCCCCGAUGCCUAGUUCAAGUCCUGAGCGUCCUCCUGCUCUUGAUCCAGACACCCCGAUUCCCUCAACGGAAGAUGCAUCAAUAGCUGAGAAUGACGACAGCGUUGUCAUUAAACCUGAGCCAGAGGAAGAUGAGGUUGAUGUAUAUGCAAUCCCUGAUAUGUACCAGCGUAACGAGUCGCGGAUGGAUGAUUACGACAACGCCCAUCUCAACCCCCCCGAAGAAGAUGCUGGUAGCGACUACUCUGAUCCCACACCCAUCAACCCAGAUCUUCAAUCUAGCGGCAGUUCUGGUGAAGAUGACCUUCCUACCCCACAGCCAGAGAUUUCUAUUCCUCAAAGUCCACUGCAACUGGAUAGGAAGAACUCUCUCCCUGAAUUCAAAGGAUUCAUGGAUAACCAUGACUUUGGCCUAGGCUUGAAAUCUUAUAUGACUCCAUCUCCACCACCGCCUCCACCAAAGGAUGUUCCUCUCGCCCGAGCCCCAAGUAUGACUGAAGCUCAACAGUACCUCCAACGAUCAGAAACCCCCGAUGAACGCCAAAUGCCGACCUCGAAACCGGAAUAUGACGGCACUGGAUGGGGAUCUGAUGAGGACGAUGAGUUGGACAGGGGAAGUCCAGACUCUGUUAUCAGACAUCCUCUGGCCACGGAACCUUCUCCACCUCGCGACUCCCCCAGCAUCCCCGAGCGAGUUGCAACAAUCAAGUCAUUCGGCUCCAAUCUGAAGACGAGGCCGUCCGCGACGCCUUCGGAUCUCAUGGCCAUGAGAGAAAUGAGGCGUCAAGUCAGUGGCGAGACACCAAACAUCCCAGCAAUUCCUGAACGUCAUCGCAACCGUCCAUCGCUCAGCCUCGACCGUGAACUUGGAGAAGGGGAGAGUGAGAAUGCCGUUGAGAGGUACCCAAGUUUCAAGAAGAAAUCCUUGACUCUUGACAUUGGCAGUGAUCUUGGUUUGAGUCUUGAUCAAGAUUUCGACCGGGUGAUCGAAGCCCAAAAGGUUGCGUUUGACCCACCUUCGCAUUCUGCUUUUGCUUCUUCCGAAAAUGACAAUGGACAAGCGUCUAAUUCUCGCGCAAAUGCACAUUAUAACUUUUAUGCUAAUCUUUCUCCCCAUAAACAGCGCGGUUACCUCAUGAGACAAAACACAAAACUCAUUGUCGCUAGCAGCGACGACAAGGGCGAUGGAACUCGAUCCGCUGGUAACUCACCCAUCAAGCAAGACCGUCCACAAUCGUGGACUGUCGAGCCAUGGAACGGGCAAAUGCGAAAAACCAGUAGUAGAUCAAACCCUCGAAAGAAGCCGGCACCAGGGGCUGCACCUCCAAUGCCUGGUCAGGAUAGCAAUGUGACAGGCUUAAGUAUAGUGGCCGAAGACCGCCCCACUACUGGGCCGGUGAUUGAAGAGACUGGAGAGAGAGGAAGAUUGUUUGUCAAGGUUAUUGGUGUUAAAGACUUGGAUCUUCCAUUACCCAAAAGUAAGAAUCCCGACGCUCGCUUUUUGGCACUGCUAACCAUCUUAGAUGAGCAAACCUGGUUCAGUCUGACCCUUGACAAUGGUGUUCACUGUGUGACUACCGCCUGGCUUGAAUUAGGAAGGAAUGCACCGAUUGGACAAGAGUUUGAAUUGGUGGUGCCAAAUGAGCUUGAGUUUCAAUUAACCCUGAACGCGAAAUUGGUUAAGCCAGCCCCCAAGCGGGUCAUGGAGUCCCCUACGAAAGGCCACAAAGCACAAAAACCUUCUACUUUCAGUCGAGUCUUUGCCUCACCAAAGAAGCGAAAAGAAAUCGAGAUGCGGCAUAAAGAAGAAGAGGAGCGACUUGUGGAGCAAAGACGGAAAGAGCAAGCCAGGAAUAAUAACGUACAACCUACAGGCUGGGACCUUAUCUCUCCUCUUGCUGCCGAAGAUGGAAGUUUUGGACGAUCGUACGUGUGCUUGAAAGAUCACGAGUCCAAAUGCUACGGAAGACCGUAUGUUGUCGACGUUGCAGCUUUCAAUGAAUGGGCGACUGAAGAGGCAACUCAUUCGUCCAGUGUGAAGGGUAAGCGCGGAAAUACGGUUGUUCAACGACGGGCUCCAUACAAGGUUGGCAAACUUGAACUUCAGCUCCUCUUCGUGCCAAAGCCUAAAGGCGCCACCGACGAUGACAUUCCCAAGAGUAUGAACUCCUGCAUUCGAGAAAUGAAAGAGGCUGAACAAGCACUUGCUCGCAACUGGGAAGGUCAUCUUAGUCAACAAGGUGGUGACUGUCCAUACUGGCGUCGUCGCUACUUCAAGCUCGUAGGCAACAAACUCACCGCCUAUCACGAGUCAACCCGCCAACCCCGAGCAACCAUCAAUCUCGCGAACGCCAGCAAGCUGAUCGAUGACCGUAGUGCCCUCACACAAAAAGAAACCAGCGGCAAAGGUGGCAAGCGCCGCAAAUCAGGCUUUGCGGAAGAAGAAGAGGGCUAUAUGUUCGUUGAAGAAGGCUUCCGAAUUCGCUUUAACAACGGCGAAGUCAUUGAUUUCUACGCCAAUACGGCUGCGGAUAAAGACGGCUGGAUGAAGGUUCUUGAGGCUUGUGUGGGAAAGGAGGGUGAGGCGGGUAGGAGCAAGUGGUGUGAUCUCGUGCUGAAGCGCGAGGAUAGUGCAAGGAGGAAGUCGGAGGUGGGACACGGCACCCCGAGGGGCGUGAGGCAUCACCAGAGGACGAAGAGCCAUGGUGUUUAG